AUGGCGGCCCUACUUUCCCCUAUCAACAAACUGCGCGGGAAAUCGAAUCCAUACCAGAAAAAACACACCGCUCCCAAAACCCCGGCCCCAAACAGUGAAUUCCUAGCCGAAGCCCGACAAGCAGCUGGCCGUGAUCCCGUGACCGGAAACCAACAGCGCGCAAACGAACCCACGAGCACCGACCUCCUAGCUGAAGCGCGCGAAGCAGCCGGUCGCAACCCGUUAACCGGUCGCCCACAGCCCGUUGUCACAGGCAAGAAAGCAAAGAAGCAGAAACUGUCGUUGGAACAACAGCAACAGGCGGCCGAAGAACAGAAAGCCGCGUUCCUUGCUUGGGCGGCAAGACAUCCACAGCAGGGCGGGCGGCCGUAUGAGAGCUACGAGGCUUUCGUGCAGGAGAUGGUGGCGAAGCGGACGGGGAAUGUGGAGCAGCGGACGGGUGCGGGAUAUUAUGCGCCGGAGAGGAGUGUGGGGGAGUAUUAUUCGGGUGGGGUGAGGGAUUAG